GGCCGCGGCCGCGCGGAGGCGCCCCGGGGACCUUCCCGCGCGCGGCGGCCGGCUCUCCCCCCGAAGUUGGCUCCGGCCCGAGCAGCCGCGGUGGAUCCCACGGCCUACUGCGAGACUCCGGUGUACAACCCGGAUCUCUGCCCCAACAUGAUCGCGGCGCAGGCCAAGCUGGUGUACCACCUGAACAAGUACUACAACGAGAAGUGCCAGGCCAGGAAGGCCGCCGUCGCCAAGACCAUCCGGGAGGUGUGCAAAGUGGUUUCCGACGUCCUGAAAGAGGUGGAGGUGCAGGAGCCCCGCUUCAUCAGCUCCCUCAACGAGAUGGACAACCGCUACGAGGGCCUCGAGGUCAUCUCCCCCACCGAGUUCGAGGUGGUGCUGUACCUGAACCAGAUGGGGGUGUUCAACUUCGUGGACGACGGCUCGCUGCCCGGCUGCGCGGUGCUGAAGCUGAGCGACGGGCGCAAGAGGAGCAUGUCCCUCUGGGUGGAGUUCAUCACCGCCUCCGGCUACCUCUCCGCGCGCAAAAUCAGGUCCCGCUUUCAGACGCUGGUGGCCCAGGCGGUGGACAAAUGCAGCUACAGGGACGUGGUGAAGAUGGUGGCGGACACCAGCGAAGUGAAACUGAGGAUCCGAGACAGGUACGUGGUGCAGAUCACCCCGGCCUUCAAGUGCACCGGGAUCUGGCCGAGGAGUGCCGCGCACUGGCCGCUUCCCCACAUCCCCUGGCCGGGGCCCAACCGGGUGGCGGAGGUCAAGGCGGAAGGGUUCAACCUCCUGUCCAAGGAGUGCCACUCCCUGGCCGGCAAGCAGAGCUCGGCCGAGAGCGACGCCUGGGUGCUGCAGUUCGCGGAGGCGGAGAACAGACUGCAGAUGGGCGGCUGCAGGAAGAAAUGCCUCUCCAUCCUCAAAACCCUGCGGGAUCGCCACCUGGAACUGCCCGGCCAGCCCCUCAACAACUACCACAUGAAGACUCUGGUUUCCUACGAGUGCGAAAAGCACCCCCGGGAGUCGGACUGGGACGAGUCCUGCCUGGGCGACCGUCUCAACGGGAUUUUGCUGCAACUCAUCUCCUGCCUGCAGUGCCGGCGGUGUCCUCACUACUUCCUCCCGAAUUUAGAUCUGUUUCAAGGCAAACCCCACUCGGCCCUGGAGAACGCUGCCAAACAAACGUGGCGACUGGCGAGGGAGAUCCUGACCAACCCGAAAAGUUUGGAAAAACUUUAGGGGACCAUUGAAUCGAGAGCCGACAUGUGAUUACUCUUCUCAAUGUCCUAAUUAAGUGUGAACUUCCUGUUCGAUUCCUGUCUGAUAUUCCACUUGACAGUGCAAACAAUCUCUUCCUUAAAAAGGAAUAAUAAAUCAUACAAUGUUGAGGCAUCAUCUCACCCACCCCUCCAAGGGGAGAAAAAAAAAAUAGUAGUGAAGCGGAUGGAGAAAACCCAAACCCACAAAUAUUAGAAGACUUAUUUACAAAGGAUUUCGUAUCUCCCUUGAAAAGUACACAGUAACACCCGGAAGACGACCCCAGGCUGUCAUGCAAGCCACAGUGAACACUGCUUCACUAUCAAAGGAUUAUAGCAACCCUGGUGACUUAGGUGCAUCUGUCUGUGAGUAAACACGAUCUGGAUAUGCCAUCUGAAGAAAAGUAGUGUAUUGUUUUGAUUUGUAACAAAUACUGUGAUCUCGCAUUGUCUUUGAAAGUGUGGAUGUUGGUUGGUGCUUUGUGAUUUGGUGAACAGAAGUUAAAUGGCCAUUUUGGAUACUUCCAGAUAUUUUCCACUAACGGAGAUACCAUUUAAAGGUAGAUUUCCUCCUGGUACAUUUAUCUGUCUUUGAAAGUGUCUGAACUUUAAAAAGUUUACAUUUUGUUUCAAAUAUAUUGCUUGUUCUAUUUCUAACAUUCCAUAAAUAUACUUGAAAUGUUAUUUAAAUAUAUUCAAAGAAAUUUGAAUUCAGCUUAUAUAAUAACGCUUGAAUAUCUGAAUUAUAUAUUUGAAAAAUGCACUUGAAAUACACUGGAUAAUUACUUUUGUGAUUUAGAUUUUAAUUUCUGUUGCCGGUUUUUAUUUAAUUAGAAGCUAAUAAAGUAAAAUAAAGGUG